AUGAAACAAUUACAAAAAUAUCGUAUUCAAAUUGCUGCAUUAAGUGAAACGUGUAUGUAUGAUUGUGGAGUAAAAUUAAUAAAUGACUUUACAUGGAUUUUCUCUGGAUUACCAUCAGUAAAUAAAACUCGAAAUGCUCAUGGUGUAGCUAUCUGUUUGGAUAAAGCAGCUGCUAAGGUAUGGAAAGAUUCUGGUUCGGAGUGGGAAGCAGUGAGCGAGAGGAUCGUAAAAAUUAGGCUGAAAUGUUUAUUUGUAAAUUUGACUAUUAUUUCUAUAUACUCUCCUGUGAAUCCAACUAACAACCAAAUGAAUGAUGCUAGUCAACAAUUUUAUAACGAUUUACAAGAUGUUAUUAGUCGAAUUCCAACUGGAGAUAUGUAUAUUAUCAUGGGUGAUUUUAAUGCAAGAGUGGAAGGGAAAAAACAACAACAGCAAAAUUUAUGUAAUAGUAUUGGUCCUUACACAGUUGACAUUACAAAUGAAAAUGGAGAAAAGCUGAUUGAUCUAUGUACAAUUAAUAGUAUUAUAGUUACGAACACAUUCUUUAAACACAAAUUAGCACAUCAAACGUCAUGGAUGCAUCCAGGAAAUAAACAAUGGCAUAUGAUUGACUACACAUUAGUAAAUAAGAAAUUUAGAUCGAGCGUCGAAGACUGUCGUAUGUAUAGAAAAGCUGCUGGUGCAAUUGGUACAGAUCAUCAUUUAAUGCGAAUAAAAAUUAAACUACACUUCAAAAGUAGAAGGAAAUUAGUUCAGAAGAAAGUAGUUUAUGAUCCAAUAAAAAUGAAAAAUGAUAAUGCAUUAAAACAAUUUCAAAAAGACCUCAUUCCAACACUUUCCGAUGCAACAGAUGAAACAAUUAGUAUUGAUGAAAAAUAUGAUCGAUUUGUUGAACAUAUGAAAACAAAUGCAGAGAAAACUUUUAAAAUAGAUAAAAACAAAAUUCGCAAGCGUAAAGAAUGGCUUACUGAUGAAAUACUAGAAAUUGUAGAAAAGAAAGCAACAGCUUUUGUUAAUUGGCAAAAUCACCGAGGAACAAAAUUAGAAAUUGAAUAUGCUAAUAAAUAUAAACGUUUAAGAAAAUUAGCAAAGACCAAAAUUGAUAAACGUCAGACAGAGUAUUGGGAUGAAAUAUGUGAAGAGAUUGAGUCUUCUAUUAAAUUAAAUGAUCCAGCAAAUGCAUUUAAUAUUAUUAGACGCCUUAGUGGUAAAAUGAAGAGAGUGGAGAAUAUGGCGAUUAAAGAUAAACAUGGAAAACUGAUUUUAAACUCAACUGAUCAAUUGGAACGAUGGAGAGAAUUUUUUGAUGAAUUACUUAAUGUUUCAUCAUCAGUAGAUCUUCAAUUAAUUGAUCAAAUUAAAAUACAAAGCAUAGAAAAGAAAGAAGAAGAACGUCAAAAUGCUCAACCUACAAUACCUGAGGUAAGAAAAGCUUUGAAUCAAAUGAAGUCAAGAAAAGCUCCGGGUUACGAUGGAAUUACUGCUGACCUUCUUAAAGCUGGCGGUGAACCAGUUAUCAAGUGGCUACAUGAAAUGUUCAGUGAUGUAUGGAAACAAGAGAAAAUGGUAGAGGAAUGGAAUUUAGCAGUUUUGAUUAAAUUAUUUAAAAAAGGUGACAAACAACUCUGUGACAAUUACAGAGUUGUCUGCCUUACAUUUUCUCAAUCAACAUCACCACAGCCGCCACCAGGUUUUGGUCCACCACCGAGUCACUGCUCUCCUCUAAGCAACUGUAAUUUAGUAUGCCCGUAUUUCUUUCGUUUUAGCAAAGAUAGAUGCGAAAUCUGCCAAUGUCGUUCAUCACCAUGCAUCAAUGAAACAGCAAUCUUACCCAACGUAGAAUGUGAUCAUACACAAAACGGACCCAAAUGUCCUUCGAGUCAUGAUUGCGUUGUAUCACGUGGUCGUCCACCUCGACCUCCUUCAACUGGUACGCUCCCUGCUACUCGACCACCACCGCCACCACCAACAGCACGUGGUGUUUGCUGUAUUCAUGUUGAUUUCGCAGCUUUGGGAUUACCACCACCACCACAACAUCAAUAG